AUGAAAUAGAAGGAAAAUAAUGAAUUAGAUGAACUUCUAAUAUUAACAUAGAAAUCAAAAUUGUUAGUACCUUAAUUUAAACGAGUCCAAUAGUUAUGUGAUUUGUAUCUUAAUGAAUUAAAAACUUUAGUUGUUAAAAAUAAAUGGCCAAAUACUCAUGCCCCAAAUGUAAUAAAAUGCAAUGUUCAUUGGAUUGUUAUAAAACUCAUAGUGAAACAUGCACAUAGUCAUUUUAAAAGGAACAUGAAAUAUCUAAAAUGAAAGGAUUGAAGGCAUCUUUUGAAGAGUAAAUUGAAAUGAAAAAAGCUCUAAAUCAAUUCUAUGAGGAAGUAAAUUAAAAAUUUAAUAAAGUCUAAAGAUGAAAAUAUUGUUCCAAUGAAUGAGGAAGAAAUAAAUGAAAGAUGGGAAGAAUUAUAAUAACUAUGUGAUUAAGGGAAAUUAAAUUUAGAUUAAUUGACAUUAGCUGAAUAAUAAGAGUUUGCAAAAUUUAUUUAAGAAAUGGUGAUAUAAGAACCUUGGGUUCCUUGGUGGGAAGUUAAUGAUGUAAGGAUUAAUUAAAAUUAUAGGGAGUAUUUUCAUUGUAUGUAGAAGAAUAAGAUUAGAACAAAAAGACAAAUAAAGAAAUUAAUUAAAAUCCUUACCUUGAUUUUAGAUCUACUCUAAAGUAAAAAAUUUAGAGUGUUGUGCCAUUUAAUAAAUUAUGCAAAGUCUAACAUGAAGAUUUAAGAAAUCAUCUAUUUAAUGUCAUGUAAUUUUAUAGGUUAUCUUAAUAUAGUGCUUCUAUUUCAAUUAUUGCAAAAGUGUUAGAUGGAGAUAUUAUUGAAUUAAAUAGAGAAUUUUAUAACAUGUUUACUAUUCUCAGUUAUACAAUGGAUGAUAAUACUUCUUUAAUUGGAAAUUUAGAUUUAUCCUAUAAAAAGUUGAAAGAACAUGCUCAUAAAGUAGAUAAAGGAUUAAUUCUACCUUAUAUUAAUAGAGAAGACUUAAUUAAAAUAUUCUCUAAUAAAUUUUUUGUUGUAGAAAUCUUAUUUCAUGCUUAUGAUGCAAUUCAUUCCAUUGAACAUUAAGCAUUAAAUGAAGAUAAUAAUGACUUUGUUGAAACCAAAAAGUUGAUAAAAACAUUAAAUCUAAAAAAAUAAAAAUUGCUAUUUUAUAUUUCUUAUGCUUUAUCAAAAAAUCAUGAAUUCUAUUAACAAAUAAGAACAUAAAUAAAAGAAUUAAAUGAGUGA